AUGCCCUCUUUGAGCAUCACCUUCAACACCACCUUCAACUUCUUCUGCAAACUGGCUUUCUUCAAUGGUUGGAUUUUUCUCAUCUCCAUCAUACUGUCCCUCGUUUUAACUGCAUGCCAGUGGCGAUCAGUGGAAAACAUGAAGAUCCUGUGCCUCUGCAUUCUGCCACUCAAAUAUUUCUAUGGGCUUAGACUCACAGUGCAGGGCUCUGAAAAUCUGAAUAUCAAGGAACCCUACAUGAUUGUUUCCAACCAUCAGAGUUAUUUAGACCUUCUUGGGAUGAUGGAGGUUCUACCAGAUCGUUGCAUUGCCUUUGCCCUGCUGUACAUGGGCCCGGUGGGGCUCAGCUGCUGGUGCUGCAACUUCAUUUUCAUUGACCGCAAGAAGAGGAGCAAAGCCAUUGAGACGACCGAGCACAUUGCAUGGAUCAUGGCACAGGAAAAUCUGAGGGUCUGGGUUUACCUAGAAGGUACCAGAAACCCCAAGGACACCAUGCUUCCCUUCAAGCGGGAAGCUUUCCACCUGGCUGUGAAGACACAGGUAUCCAUCAUCCCCAUUGUGACAUCCUCUCAUAAAGCCGUCUACAGCUACAAAGAUAAGGCAUUAAAGCCAGGGAAUUGGACCAGCCGGAUUUUGCCCAGGAUAGAAACGCAAGGCCUUGGCCCAAAAGAUGUCCCUGAACUUGCUGAGAAUGUCUGCAAAACAAUGCAGGAAACUUUUGAUGAGAUCUCCAGUGAGGUGUAUGGGAAAAAGAAGGUUAAAGAGUGA